AUGGCUAGUCCUACCUCAUAUGUCACGGCCAUUUGUCGGGUUGAGAGGGUCGUGGCGGGGAAUGCAGCGGGGAAUGCUGCGGGGAAUGCUGCGGGGAAUGCAGAGGGGAAUGGAGCGGGUAACAGUGAGGGAGGCAAGAGGAAGAGCUACGGGACGGGAGGCUUUAAGGAGGAGGAGGAGGCAGUGGCAGUGAUUGCUGGAGUGCUGAGGGAGAAAUUCGGGCCUCAGAUCGUGAGAGAGGAGGUGGAGGAGUGGGGGUGUGGGAUAAGAAGCAGCGAGGAUGAAAAGGGGGUGCAGAGAUUGAAAGAGGAGGAGGGAGAGAAGGAGGAGGAAGGAGAGGAGGAGGAAGAAGAGGAGGAGGAGGAAGAUGAGGAGGCGGAGGGGUGUGCAGAAGCGAGUGAGGAGGACGGAUCAGCAACCACAUUUCCCACACCUCCUCCUCCUCCACUCAACAGCCGGCGAGUCGUAUCUCCCUCCUCCCUCCUCUCCUUCUACCGUUUUUUCUCCUCCCACCUCGGCAUCUCCUCCGCUUCCACUGUCGCUUCCCUUCUCGCCUCCAACCCCCAACUCCUCCGCUCCAAUCCCACCAAUGACUUUCUGCCACGUGUCAGUCUCCUCCAGUCAUACGGCAUUUCCGAUGCUGACAUCGCGCACAUGACUUUGAGUAAACCAGCCUGGCUCCGCUCCUCCCUGCAACAGAUUCAGAACACGCUUGAGCUUCUUUUAGCUAAAGGCGUUCGUCGUAGCCGAUUGGGCCUCGUGCUCCGACGUGGACGCAACUUACUCUGCCGUGAGGCACGUUCAGCGAACCUGGACAUUCUGGUGGAGAAGGCAGGGGUUCCUGUGGACAAGCUGGGUGCUGGAGGGGAGGCGGCAUGGGCAAUAGCAGAACCAGCAGCAGAAAUAGGAGGAGGAGGGGGGGGCGGUGUGAGUGCUACAGCCUUGAUGGGCGCUGCCAUGCUCUCUGCAGCCCUCUUCGCCUUCUUCCUCCUCUCCCUCUCCCUCCUCUUCCCCAACAUGGCCCUUGCGAUUGCCGUUGGCCUGCUUGCUGCAGUGCAUGCGGCGUUGGCGGCAGCAGUGGUGGCUGCAGGGAGAGCGGGAAGGAGGGCGAGGGGCGGUGAAGGGGGGACUGCUGAUGGGGCUGGCGGGUGUUUUGACAACUUGGAAGUUGCAAGUCCCCUUUCCCUUACCUUCUCCCCCUCCUUAACCCUCUCACCCCCGCUCCUUACCCACUCUACCCCUUCCCCUUACCUCCUCCCCCUCCCAUUACUCCUUUCCCCUUCCCUUACCCCUUUCCCCUGCCCUGACCGACCCCCUCCCUUUCUCCCUACGCACUCCUUCUCCACUUUACCCUCUCCCUUACCAGUACCACCCCUCCCCUGA